AUGGAAUAUCAUCGUAGAAGAGUGAUAACAGGUUUAAGCGAUGCAAUAUCACAUGCUGCAAUUUCAAUGUUCGUCACAUCAGCAACUACCGCUGUUGCAUUCUUUGCUAAUCUUGCAUCAGAGAUUAUGGUGCUUAGGUGUUUUGGCAUAUACGCUGGUAUAUUAAUGAUAAUCAACUACAUACUUGUGAUGAUAAUAUUACCUGCUGCAAUUAUUAUCAGUGAUGCAGGUGUUAAAUCAUUUAACACUCCCAAAUUUUUCAUUUCAAGAUUAAAAUCUCGAACUACUCAAUUAUGGUAUAGUGCAGCGGCUAGUCUUGAUAUUAUAUUUAGCAGAUUAAUUCCACAAAUUGUAUAUAUUGUUCGAAUACCAUUGAUAUUAUUAACACUUAUUGCAUUUGUUAUAUCAAUUUAUGCAAUUGUUAAAACACCUGGAAUUCGGUUACCGGAAAGAAAUUCAAUUCAGUUUUUACGUUCCAAUCAUCCGUAUGAAUGGUUUGAUGAAAAUGCUGCAACAUUAUUCGACUUUUCUAUCGGUCAACAACCAAAAAUGAGUGUUAUUGCUAUUUGGGGUGUUAAACCAACAACGAGUGGAAGUUUGUUGAUUCCUAAAGAAAAAGGAUCACUAAAUAUCAAUACUGAAUUUUUUGAUUUUUUGGCCAAUCAUCUAUUGGAAUUUCAGAUUAAAUUUGAUGAACCUUUAAUGCUAACAACGAGUCACAUUGCAAGAUUGUAUGAUUUAUUGGAGCGCAUUCUGAAUGGUACCGCUAUUUCGGUAUUUAUUUCAUUGAUGGUUAGUAUGGUAGUGAUCAUUUUUAUCACUUUUAAUGUGAUCCUAUCAUUGUUGACAAUCAUUUGUAUCGCUACCAUUGUUACUGUAACUAUCUCCAUCGUACUUUGGUCCGGUUGGACAGUUAAUGUUGUGGAAGCAACAAUAAUUGUACUAACAAUUGGUAUGAGUUUUGAUUAUUGUCUUCAUUUCGCAGUUGGUUUUCGACUUCAUAAAACCGAUGAUUACAGUACAGUAGCAUCUGCUGUUGGUAUACCAGUACUUCUAUCAGCUGUUUCAUCAUUCUUUUCGGGAUUUGUUUUGAUCGGUGCCUCAACACAAGCAUUUUUUGAAAUUAGUAUCUUUCUAAUGCUUAUUACAAUCAUAAGUUUUGUCAUUGCUGUAUUUGUUUUUCCUUCGAUGGUUACUUUGUUAUUACAAUAUUGCUCACCACCUGAUCCGGCUAUGAUCACACGACUUUAG